GCCCGGACACGGGCCCGCGCGAGACUCGACUCAAAAGCAGAACGGAUACCCACAUAGCAUACAGCACAUCUGGAGUCGUAGAGUCGCAAUGCAGAGCCAGGCGAAUCUGAACUGGGGCAUCGCGGCAGCGGGCAGGAUAACGCAGGACUUUGUAACCGCCCUGGGAACCGUGGAGAAGUCCCGUCACGUAGUGGUGGCCGUGGCCGAUGUGGAUGGCCAGCGGGCGCAGCAGUUCGCCCAGAGGAAUCAAAUACCCAGGCACUACGAUGGCUUCGAUGCACUGGCUCUGGAUCGAGAGGUGGAUGUGGUGUAUGUGGGCACCCUCAAUCCAUUCCACUACGCUGUCGUCCAUCUCAUGUUGGCGAGGGGUAAAAACGUGCUCUGUGAGACUCCCAUGUCCUUGAGCGUGGAGCAGGCCAAGGAGCUGUACACCUUGGCCGAGCAGCGUGGAGUGUUCCUCAUGGAGGGCAUGUGGUCACGCUUCUUUCCCAGCUACGAUCGUCUAAGGGAACUCCUGAACAACGACGUCAUUGGGGAGGUGACCCAGGUGAAGGUACAGCACGGCUUUCGCCUGGCCCACAUGGAACGGGUGUGCAACCGAUCUCUGGGCGGGUCGAUCCUCAUGGACAUCGGCAUCUACGCCCUGCAGCUGGGUCAGUUCGUUUUCGGUGUAUCUCCCGUCAAGAUCCUGCCCAGCGGAACGCAGCUCAACAAGGAACGCGUGGAUGUUCAGAUCGAGUUCAUGCUGGACUAUGGCGAUGGUCGCCGACUGGUGGCUCUGGUAACCGGACUGGAGAAUCUGGAAAACGAUGCCGUCAUCACGGGCACCAAAGGCGAGAUUAAGCUGUCCAACUACUGGUGCUGCACCCAGCUGAGCCGCUCGAAUGCUCCUCCCGAAUCCUGGCCUCUGCCACGGGCCAAGUUUGAUUUCCACUACACGAACACCUGCGGACUGAGGUACGAGGCGGAGGAAGUGCGUCGCUGCAUAGAGAAACGCCUGCUCGAGAGUCCCAAAUUCACGCACGCCGAAAGUCUGGAGCUAGCAGCCAUUGCGGAUGAGAUCCGACGGCAAAUCGGUGUGGUAUAUGAUGUGUGAGCUGUGAAGAACUCUUAGUAAUUAAUAAAUACUUGAAUUUCAUCAUCAAUACAUCACAAAUCAGACAUCUUGUUACAAUAACCACGAUGAAUCUACAAACUAUCUUUAAAAUACAUCGAUAUUUCAUAUGGCGCAAUGCUGAUAUUUUGUAUUCAAUAUUUAUUUAAAUAAUUGCAAUUAUUUUUUCGUUUUUAUUUUCCUUUUGUCGUUAUCAAGUUGCAUAUACGUAUUUCUACAUCGUACUGCAUGUUGUAGGUUGUUUUUUUCUGUGUUUUUCGCCAAGUGUUGUUGGUUCAUUGGGCCUAAUACACUAAGGGCCAGAAAUAAGUAACUUAAGAGCUAAAUGAAUACUUAAACGCAGCUAAAUCGAGGAUAAAUCUACAAAAGUAUGUAAUCAGAUUGGCUUCACAACUAAAUGCAAAAUGCAAAACACAAAAUCGGUUAACAAGCGAUUUCAGUUAAGCUGGGCUAAAUCAGAUUUGACACAGAAUGGUAAGGAAAGGGAGUUGGGGCUCUCAGCUCAUUAAAUUCAUUGGAGCAACGCAAGUAGUAACGACUUUAGAAAGUGUCCUUCCUCAAUUUGUUCGUUUUAGAUUACAAAAUUAAAGUUGAGUAGGAAGGGACUUGAUUUUGCGAAGUGAACUUAACUUAAGCAACAAAGUAACUAAACUACAGUAUGCACUUAGAGACUAAUUCGAAUUUAACAAUAAAAUGAUUUAUACAAGGCGGCUUGAGUCCGAUUAGAUGACUCUCGCCGCUACUGAAGAGGCCUCCUGAAGUCGAUGAGUGACGCCUACGAUGUUUAUUUUGAUUACUGCCCCUGCUUAUCCAUUUGCAGCCCAAUCCAUUUCCAGCCAAGCCCGCCGCCGCCUUAAACGUAAUGAAGUCUUUUGCUGUGUAAAAUUGCUAUAAAAACUAUUCUCAGCUCUCAGCUGCCUCCUCGGGUUUCGAUCGAAGGGUGGGUCUCUUGGUGCUUUGCACAAUUCUCAGGGAAAUUGUUAUGGCAACAAAGGGUACAAUUUCAGUGGCUCCAGAGGCUCCAGAGUUUCACUUCGGCAAAAAAAUGUUGGUGUCGUUUUACAUAUUCUUUAACAUAAGCACUAUAAAUGUAGAAAACUAAAUAUUUGUGGUAUAGAUAAACAAAAUAAAAUAAACAAAAAAAAAAAAA